AUGGUCAGCGUCGCGAGAGGUAAAACCACUUGCAUGUUAAAGUUUCCUGAGCCUGACUGGUAUUGGGACACGGUGACAAAGAUCUGCGUCUUCAUCUUUGCUUUUGUGGUCCCUGUGAUGGUCAUCACCAUAUGCUAUGGUCUGAUGAUCCUGCGUCUGAGGAGUGUUCGUCUGCUCUCAGGCUCCAAGGAGAAAGACCGCAACAUGCGCCGCAUUACCCGCAUGGUCCUGGUGGUGGUGGCGGCCUUUAUCAUCUGCUGGACCCCCAUUCACAUAUUCAUCAUUGUGAAGACCAUGAUAGAAAUUGACAGCAGGAAUCCCUUUGUGAUAGCUAGCUGGCAUCUGUGCAUUGCUUUGGGGUAUACCAACAGCAGCCUCAAUCCUGUCCUCUAUGCAUUUCUGGAUGAAAAUUUCAAGCGAUGCUUCAGGGAUUUCUGCCUCCCCUGUCGGACCCGUGUGGAGCAAAACAGUCUGACCAGAGGCCACAACACCACCAGGGAGCCAGUGUCCAUCUGUGCUCCAACAGAAGCAGGAAAGAAGCCGGCAUGACUAGGCAUGGAUCGGGUCCCCCAUUGCUCUCGUUCAAGGAGGAUCCAGCAAGAUCUCCAAUCAGAAGUCACCCAGAUCUCCACAACAGAGUUUUAAGAGUUUCAAAGGAAGAGUUGACACAGUCAAAUCUUGCCUUAUUCUCUCUAAUUUGGCUGUCAAACGAGACGUUCAAAUGAAUAAUUAAAGGUAAUGGAAAACAAGUUUCACUCUGAUCUUAUAUUUCUAUUAAAGUUCUUACUGUCCCCCCUCAAAGUGAUGCCUUACGGAGGCACUGAGAGUAGAAUGAUAUUGAUGGCCUAAAAUGUUUUAUCAAGAUAAUGAAACAGUUCAUAAUUUAGGGAUCGAACGCUGAACUUUCUGAUGACACAAAAAGGGCAAAGAAAUCCCUGAAGGAGUCUGUCUCAAAAAGUGUCAUUCAUAUGGCAUUUAUCUUGGUACUAUAAUCGAGCAGAGAAUGACUGAAGUACAAAAAGCCAAAAGUUUAAAACGAUGGCCUUUUCAAAUCCGACUUUGCCAUUUCAUCAGAGACAUCUGAUGUGGAUUAAAAGACUAACUCUUUCCAUUUGUACAUUUAACAUCAUCUCAUAAUAAGUGAGCCUUACAGAGGAGAAUCACACAACUCUUGCCCACCGACAGCUGGAUGAUGAAUUACAGUAGUUUGUUGCACAAUGGCAGCAACUCUCCACAUGGAGAAGCAGGGAAUUCUUGUUUGGUAUUCCGUGUGAUUCAACCACCCUUUGGGUAUUUUUUUGUAUUUUUCUUUGUUUCAAAAAGAGACACGUGGUCUGUGCUGAAAGACAAUUUUGGACUCAGUGGAUUUGAAAAAGGUCUGUCAUAACAGAUAUAGAAUCAGAAUGGAGCCCACUCUCUGGGGUUUGUUCUUAGAAAAAGACAGAAUAGCAUCAAACCACUUGUGUUUGGAUUUCCAUGGGCUUCUUUUCUGCUUACCUACUUGACUUUCUGUAGUGGUGUCAAGCGCACAGAAAGCCUCUGAGCAGAAUCACUA